UUUGAAACACACUUCACUUUUCUUUAGUUUCAUUGUCCCUUCAUAACUCACAAUCACCAAAAAUACACCCCUCCGUCCACUCCCCCCACCCCACCCCCACCCCUACGCCUACCCAUUUUGCUUGAAGAGUUGCUAUGGGCCUAUUGCUUCUUCUUCUUCUUGUUCCACAUUUAGUUGUUUUUGCUUUUUCUGUUAAUGAGGAGGCUUUCGUUGGUGUAAACAUUGGCACUGAUGUGUCAGACAUGCCUAAUCCAACUCAGGUGGUGGCUCUCCUCAAAGCACAGCAGAUUCGUCAUGUCAGGCUAUUUGAUGCUGAUCAAGCUAUGCUACUUGCACUUGCUAAUACUGGAAUCUGCGUCAUUGUUUCUGUACCAAAUGAUCAGCUCUUAGGAAUAGGUCAGUCCAAUGCCACUGCUGCCAAUUGGGUUUCUCGGAAUAUCCUACCUCAUGUUCCAGCCACCAACAUCACAGCCAUUGCCAUCGGUUCUGAGGUCCUUACCACUCUUCCUAAUGCUGCUCCGGUCUUAGUCUCAGCCAUGAAAUUUAUUCACUCUGCCCUUGUUGCUGCUAAUCUUGACACCAAAAUCAAAGUCUCUACCCCACAUUCUUCAUUUAUCAUCCUUGACUCAUUUCCACCCUCACAAGCCUUCUUCAAUCGUUCGUUGGAUCCUGUCAUUGUUCCAUUGCUCAAAUUUUUGCAAGAUACUGGGUCCUACCUCAUGCUCAACGUUUAUCCAUAUUAUGAUUUUAUGAAAUCCAAUGGUGUGAUCCCAUUAGACUAUGCUCUCUUUCGUCCCCUUCCCCCUAACAAGGAGGCAGUUGAUUCGAACACACUCCUCCACUACACUAAUGUAUUUGAUGCCGUUGUUGAUGCAGCAUAUUUUGCUAUGUCCUACUUGAACUUCACGAACAUUUCCAUUCUGGUGACCGAGUCAGGUUGGCCAUCCAAGGGCGACUCCUCUGAGCCGGAUGCUUCUCUAGACAAUGCCAACAGUUACAAUAGUAACUUGAUUAGGCAUGUUCUUAACAACACCGGGACUCCCAAACAUCCUGGUAUUGCAGUUAGUACGUUUAUUUAUGAGCUUUACAACGAAGAUCUCAGACCUGGUUCUGUAUCAGAGAAGAAUUGGGGGCUUUUCUAUUCCAGUGGAGUGCCAGUUUAUACCAUGCACUUAACAGGAUCUGGAACGGUGUUGGCAAAUGACACUACAAACCAAACCUAUUGUGUUGCAAAGGAAAAUGCGGAUAAAGAGAUGGUGCAAGCUGCACUAGAUUGGGCUUGUGGACCGGGGAAAGUUGACUGUACUCCGCUGUUGCAAGAAAACCCUUGCUAUGAACCAAAUACCGUGAUUGCUCAUGCAUCAUAUGCUUUUGAUGCGUAUUAUCACAAGAUGGGAAUGGCCGAUGGAACUUGCAAUUUCAAUGGGGUUGCUAAAAUCACUACCUCUGAUCCUAGUUAUGGUUCUUGUAAAUAUCCAGGAAGUGGACGGAGAAAUGGCACCUUCACCAAUAGCUCCUCGCUGGCUCCAUCAUCAGGCUCAACAGCAUCUGGCUGUCAUCCACAAUAUUCCCACGGCGUUCCUACGUUCUUGAGCUCUCUAAUUGUUGGUUUGACACUCUGGACUGCAGCUUCCUUGUAGCAUAGUGUGGAUGGUGAACAGAGUUUCACUUUUUCUGUAACUUGGCUCCCUAUUUUGUUCCUCCAAGGAGAGUUAAAGGUUGGCGUGGUCUUCUAGCUCGGGGCAGUAACUAGGAUUGAGGUUACUGCUCUGGAUUCAUUCCUACGUGCAGUCGAGGCAGAGAAGGCUUGUUGAUGAUUGCUGUAAUUAUCUUAGGGGUAGAAUCAUUCUUUUCCCCGUGAAGCUGAAUUGCUUUGUCUCGAAUGGGGACGUUUGAUCAUAUAGUGCAAAUAUUCUUGGUAGUAAGGGACUGCUUUCCUUGUUCAAGCCCGUAUUUAACGAGUAAGUAGUAAGUAGUGAACUGGCCAGGAGGUGGAAUAAAGCUUAUUUCAAGUAAAGAUUCAUAUAUAUAUAUAGGGCAAGGUAUUUUUUGCCUUCCAUUAUGGUGUCA